AUUAGUCUUUAGAUCUCUCUUGAAGGGAGCUGUUAUAUUUGUGCCUGCUAGAGUUGGAAAUAACAGUUCAGAAGCUGAAAAGGGUUGAAUGGAUUUACAGAAGGUUUUUUUUUGCAAGUAAAUUCAUGGCAACACAUUAAUUUGAUUAGUACAUGCUUUAGAAUUACUUUACACUCAAGCGAUGCAAAAGAUGUUAAAGUUAUCACCAGACUGCUGGACAAAUAUGUGUUACACCACCAAGGUACAGAUCAAGACAAAUCUGUGACUCAGGAUUUUAUCUUGGGAAGAGCACAAGGUGUACGAAGAACUCAGAAUAUCGAGGGAAGAUAACUCUGGGAACUACAAUGUGUCAGAAGAACAGCUCUUGCUAAUACAGCUCCCCACCAAAGACCUUGGUUAUCUAAGGUUUAUAUAGGAAUGCCUAGGUCAGCUGACAAAAUACUGGUCUUCUGCUCCAUAAAUGCAGAAAAAACGAUAACAACAGUGGAAAAUUGGAAGUCUGAAUUUCAGCUUUCUUAGAAAUAACUGCAACCCGACACAUUCCAUAAUAUUUAAACAGGGUGGGGGGAGAGAAAUCACCAAAGAUGUUACAUUUAGAGAUGACAUUGACAUGAAGAAUAGGUAAAUUUUGUUUUUCAGCCACUGGGAAAGCAGACCUCAUAGGAACUCAGAACAAGUAGGAGAAAAGAUUUUUUUUUUCCUUGUUCUUUUUUUCUUUUCAAAGAUGAACCUACCUGCGCUCAAAGCUUUUGUGGGCUUGCUCUGGAAUUGCUGGGUUCUGGCGGGUCACGCACAGGGAGGUUUAGGAGACAAUCAUGUCCAUUCAAGUUUUAUUUACAGGAGGCUGCGGAACCAUGAGAGAAGGGAGAUUCAGAGAGAGAUUCUCUCUAUCCUGGGUUUGCCUCACAGACCCAGACCAUUUUCACCAGGAAAGCAGGCUUCUUCUGCACCCCUCUUCAUGCUGGACCUGUAUAAUGCCAUGACAAAUGAAGAGGAUACUGAGGAGCUGGAUUAUUCACUGAAGGGAUCAAUGACAGGGGAGAGCAGAGGGAUGCGGAAAGGAUACCCUGCCUCUCCGAAUGGAUAUUCGCGGAGAAUACAAUUAUCUCGCAUGACCCCCCUGACCACACAGAAUCCUCCCUUAGCCAGCCUGCACGACACCAACUUUCUGAAUGAUGCUGACAUGGUCAUGAGCUUUGUCAAUCUAGUUGAAAGGGACAAGGACUUCUCCCACCAACGAAGGCACUACAAAGAGUUUCGCUUUGACCUUACUCAAAUCCCACUCGGAGAGGCAGUGACAGCAGCUGAAUUCCGGAUAUACAAAGAUCGAAGCAACAGCCGCUUUGAGAAUGAAACAAUUCAGAUUAGCGUAUAUCAGAUCAUCAAGGAGUAUCCAAACAGGGAUGCAGACUUGUUCCUGUUAGACACAAGAAGGGCUCAAGCUUCUGAUGUGGGCUGGUUUGUGUUUGACAUUACUGUGACCAGCAAUCACUGGGUGAUUAACCCACAGAACAAUCUGGGCUUGCAACUCUGCGCUGAAACCGGGGACGGUCGAAGUAUCAAUGUUAAGUCUGCUGGCUUGAUUGGAAGACAUGGGCCUCAGUCAAAGCAACCAUUCAUGGUUGCAUUCUUCAAGGCAAGUGAAGUGCUUUUCCGUUCUGUCCGAGCAGCCAACAAUAAAAGGAAAAAUCAGAAUCGCAACAAAUCCAGCAGUCAUCAGGAGUCUUCUAGGAUGCCAAGUGCUGGGGAUUAUAACACAAGCGAGCAAAAGCAAGCAUGUAAGAAACAUGAACUUUACGUGAGUUUCCGAGACUUAGGAUGGCAGGAUUGGAUUAUUGCACCAGAGGGCUAUGCUGCAUUUUACUGCGAUGGAGAGUGUUCUUUCCCCCUCAAUGCCCACAUGAAUGCAACAAACCAUGCCAUUGUUCAGACUCUGGUUCAUUUGAUGUUCCCUGAUCAUGUACCAAAGCCAUGCUGUGCACCAACAAAACUGAACGCAAUCUCCGUGCUCUACUUUGAUGACAGUUCCAAUGUUAUUUUAAAAAAAUACAGGAAUAUGGUCGUGCGUUCAUGUGGCUGCCACUAGAAUAAAAAAAAAUAAUCUAAAGCAGAGGAUUUUAUUUGCAAUUGUAAUAAAGUCAAGACAUGAGCCCUGCUGAUGAAAACACAGUCCUAAAUUUAUUCCAUUUCAUGUCAUCUCUCAUUUAAAUGUACAGUAUAAUGUAUAUAGUAGCUUUUAUUUAUUUAAAAGUAUAUAGGUUUUUUUGUAUGAGAAAAAUUUCAAAAUCAUUUAUGUUAUGGGUCACCUUAAUAUGCAAUAGAACUUCACAAACUAAUUUUUCAAUAUACCAUACUGGAAUCUAAUUCAUCCCAUUUCAAUAUUUUUAAGUAAAGCCUUUGUAUAGACUUUUUUUAAAGCUAGAAACUCCAGAACUUCUGUAGCUGCUUCAUAUUGUUAAAGGAACUAAAAUACAUUUGGACUUAUUGUGCCAAUGAAAACUGUGGUGGGGUAUCUAUUUAGAAAAAGGCACAGGAAAAAACAAAACAAAACAAAACACAACCAACAACAACCACAAAAAAAAACAAAAAAACAACACAAAAAACAAACACUAAACAAAACUUCUUGGCUAAAUAGAUUUUUUCUUUUAGAAGUUCUGCUCCAUUAGAAAAAGUGAAAUGUUGAACAGUGUCUAAGUAAAUAAAUAGUAGGUAGAAAAUAGAAGUGAAAAGAUUUCACAUAAUUGUUGUAACUAUUUUCUUUAGCAAGAUGAGUGUAACUGCAGGAGUUAUGUUACUUCUUGGCUUGUGGGCUGCAGAGCUUGCAAAAGGCUCAAAGCUUUGGGAAUUCUGUGGAGACUGACUCUCACACCUAUGACUUUCCAAUUUAACACUAAAAAUUGGACUACAACAUUCUUACCUCAAAUUAUAUCAGUCUAUUGUCUAUUAGACUGCUCUGGCAAAUAUUUUUAUAAUAACAGCAUGAGGUGAAAUCAAACAAACCAACCACACUAGCCAACUCAUUGUAUACACAAGUGAUGAUAUACACAAAAUACACAGAAGACAGGGUAUGGACUGGCAUCGAUCUAUUUAGCUUCCACUUUUGAACACGUUUUUUGAGUCUGCAAGGGAAGGCAUGGGAUGCAGCAGUUGUCACCUGUUUAAUUGAAAAUCUUGUCCCUUGAUGGCAGCUGUUUUCAGACAAAGAUGAAAACCAGCUUUUGUAGUGAGCCAUUUGGUAAUUUGCAGCCUACUUUCUCUCUCAUCUGCUUUUCUAUCAGUUGGAAAUUGGUUUGAAUCAUGAGAUGUAAGAUUGGUUCUCUUUCCCUUUUUUUAGCAUUAACUAUCAUAACUUUGAAAAUUCUUAAAUCCAUAUAAACGAUUUUCGAUCUCCCUAAAUUUUUGGCCGCAAAUGAAAUCCUGUGGUUGUGAAUUGCACAAUUAAUUACAGAUUAUAAUUCUCACCACCACUACCUGUACGCUUAUUCUGAAUUUAUCAUAUUUAAUGUCUUUGGAUAUCCUGUUGUUUUAGUGUUAUUGAAAUGAGAAAUAGAAACACUUUUUUCUCUUUACUACAUGGCUAAUUCUAAUAUAUGCGUUUAUCAUGAAUUGCCUUGAUUAAAAAUGGUUCAUUUAAACAGUUCUCAGAUUGUUGGUAGAAAAUGAAUAGGAUAUAUCAGUUUCUCCUUAGACAGUCUAUUCACAUAAAAACUGUCUUUUCCUGUUAUUUAAAGCAUAUUUCAGAAAACACAGAUUGUUACAGACUGAUAAAAUUAGCAUGUGUGUGUGACCGUAUGUGUGCAUGUAAAUGUGCAACUCUCCUUUUACAGGAACUAAUUUAUUUUAUCUUGCUGUUGGAGUAAUACAUACGUCAUUUUUAUACAUACACUCAGUUUUUUAAACAAAUUAACAGUUCUGAAUUUGGUUUUGUGAACUUUUUCCCCUAAUGCAACAGUUCCCUUUUACACUUGUAUCUCUAUUUUAUACUGACAUUACCUACAUAUCUACAUGUAGUUGCAGUUCAUGUACAAGGGUAUAUAGUGAUAUAUGAUGUCUCCAACUGAAUUACCAUUUUGGAACUGUUGAAUUCCUGGGUUGCCUUCAAAAAAUUUGCUGGUUUCUGUACAAGUUGCAUAGGUGGAUAUGUUUUUCUGAACUCAAUUUAUUCUAAAUGGAAUUUGAUGGAAACAAAAUUUUGGGUACAUUAAGUAAUAUAUUUUUAAAUAAUGGUGUACCAUUUUGAGAAAAAGAAACUGAAGAUUAUUGUUAUAUUAUUCUUUAAAAGAUGCUGUUGGAAUAUAUUUCUAUAUUUUGAGACAUAAUAAACCUGUAAUACUA